UGAAUUAUGAGGCGUUUAAUUCCACACAACUCGUGCCUCGCACACAGCUUUCGUUACAUUAUUCUUAAGUUUCUUGAGUUCAAACCAGUUGUCCGUUAAAAACCCGCGCAAACUACGGCCCGGUAUAAAUUGAAUUGCCUCAAUUGUACAUCGUUAAACUAUUCUACGUUACUUUCAUUGUCUUCAGCGUUAAUUUUGAUUGAACAGAAGCAAAAUGACGAAACCAAAAAGCGCCGGCUAAAAAGAAAACAAACGGUUACAAAAUGCCCGAUCCUAUAGCACAGGGCGAAGUAUUGCAAGACAUUUGUAAGAGGCAAUGGAUUCUUGGCCCAUCCAUUGGUAAAGGCGGGUUCGGCGAGAUCUACUCCGCAAGGCCAAGUGAUAACUCAACUAAAGAUUACAAAUAUGUCAUAAAAAUUGAACCACAUGAGAAUGGUCCACUCUUUGUUGAGAUGCAUUUCUACAACAGAUGUGCCAGAGAAAAAGAUGUUGUUGAAUUUAAACAAAUGAAGAAGUUAAAGCAUUUAGGAAUGCCAAUUUACAUUGCAUCAGGGUCACAUACCUACAAGAAUGAAAAGUAUAGAUUUAUAGUGAUGGAAAAGUUUGCUCCCCAGGACAUUUGGAAACUAUUUGUGAUGAAUGAUAAGAGAUUGUCACCUAUCUGUGUUUACAGAUUGGCUAUGCAAAUGUUGGAUGUAUUAGAGUACAUCCAUAGUAAAGGAUAUAUUCAUGGUGAUAUUAAAGGUGCUAACAUUUUGUUGAGUGAGAAAGAUGCAAACUGUGCGUUUUUGGUUGAUUUUGGUUUGGCUGGGAAGUUCACUACAGAACCACAAUAUGUACCUAAUCCAAAGAGAAUGCACAAUGGGACUAUUGAGUAUUUAAGUAGAGAUGCCCAUCAUGGAGUGCAAACGCGUCGUGGGGAUAUUGAAAUAUUGGCUUACAAUAUGAUUCAUUGGCUCACUGGGACGUUGCCAUGGGAAGGGAAUAGCAAUCCAGAAAGUGUGCAACAAGAAAAAGAAAAUUUCAUGGAUAACAUUACUAAGUUUUCCACAUGUCUUGAUAGUGAAGUUCGAGGCACAAUUGUAGAACUAUUGACAUUUAUUAAUAGUAUUAAACAUGAUGAAGCACCAGAUUAUGCUAAAGUGCACAAAAUAUUGCUCAAAGGUCUUAAAAGUGUCGGUGGAACAGAAUCUAGUCCUUUAGUAUUUACUUCACCAAAGAAACGCAAGUCGGCUACAAAUCUCGACAGCGUUGCUUCUUCGAACAAACGCGGGAAAGCAUCCAAAACAAAAAAUAUACAGGUACCAUCUACUGCCGACAAUAUGAAUGGUAAUGAAGCACCUACAAGUUCAAUGAAUGCGGAGGAAAUGCGUAUUGCGACGUUAAUACGUGAGAAACCUGCAAGGCAAAGGAAACCCAAAAAGAAAGAUGCGCCGAACGUUGAAUCCAAUACCAAUGGUGUAAAUGAAAAUGAAGCACCAACUAGUUCGUUGAUGAAUUCAGAUGAGUUGCGUGAGCUGAAAGUCAAGAAGACUCCUAUUAAGAAACACACAAAGGCUAUUCCUACAGAUGCUGGUGAUUCUCCUCCGCGAAGCCAUGGUAAACCCAAUUUAUUAAACGCAUUACAUGAGGAAGUCAGGCGGUCACCAAGGAAUAGGGAUAGGAAGCGUCCGGAUUAUAUUAAUUAAUUUAUAGUAUUAUUCCAAUGCCUGUUAUGAUUAGAUAUUGUACGGUAAUUUAUAUUCGGUUAAUUUUUCUUGCUUGUGUUAUAAUACCAUUAAAAUGUUAACUAAU